AUGAUUGCAGCUGCGCCGGCCCGUUGGCUGCGCGCUUCUACUCUUCGAUCAGCUAUACCUCGUCCUCGUCCUCAAUCCCUUCUCCAAUUCGCUCCUCCAGCUCAAGCAUGCCUUGGGGCUAGGUCAGCCGCCACGUACACAUCUCGCCAUCAGGCUGCUCAGAUCUCGUCAAUGCAAGAGCUGCUCGAUAGCUUCACAACGCUACACCGCAAUGCCGCCCUAGGAGGUUCCGAAAAGGCACGUGAGAAGCAUGUCGCAAGAGGAAAGAUGUUGGUGCGAGAUCGAAUUACUGCUCUGGUCGACCCGGGCACGUCGUUUCUCGAACUGUCAGCUCUGGCUGGUCAUGAAGUAUAUCCUGGAGAAGAAGUACCUGCCGGAGGUAUUGUAACAGGCAUUGGCACAGUAGAAGGCACCAUGUGCAUGAUUGUUGCCAAUGACAGCACUGUCAAGGGCGGCACCUACUAUCCUAUCACCGUCAAAAAACAUCUUCGAGCACAAGAGAUUGCUCGGCAAAAUCGCUUGCCUUGCAUCUACCUGGUCGACAGUGGUGGUGCCAAUCUCCCUCAUCAAGCAGAUGUCUUCCCCGACCGCGACCACUUUGGACGCAUCUUCUACAACCAAGCCCAGAUGUCUUCAAUGGGCAUUCCACAACUUUCGGUCGUCAUGGGUCCUUGUACUGCUGGAGGUGCCUACGUUCCAUCUAUGAGUGAUGAAAGCAUCAUUGUCCAAGAGCAAGGCCACAUUUUCCUUGCCGGCCCACCACUAGUCAAGGCCGCUACUGGAGAAGUCGUCAGCGCAGAGGACCUUGGUGGUGGUAAACUACACAGCGAAACCAGCGGCGUGACAGACUAUCUUGCCGUCGACGAUGCUCACGCACUUGUGUUAGCCCGCCGCUGUGUCGCCAACCUCAAUUACCCUGCCUCAGCCCCUCAACCAGGGCCUUGGAAAGAGCCUCUACACGAUCCUGCAGAACUAGAUGGAAUCAUGGGCACAAACCUCAAAACACAAGUCGACGUCCACGAAGUCAUCGCUCGCAUUGUCGAUGGCAGCGAGUUUGCAGAAUUCAAACCUCUGUAUGGCAGCACUCUGGUCACAGGCUUCGGACGUAUCCAAGGCCAUCAAGUUGGUUUCGUCGCUAACAAUGGUAUCCUGUUUUCAGAGUCUUCACUCAAGGGUGCCCAUUUCGUACAACUCUGCAACAAACGCCGCAUUCCCCUGGUCUUCCUACAAAACAUUUCUGGCUUCAUGGUUGGCCGCGAUGCUGAAAAAGGUGGCAUUGCAAAGAAUGGUGCUAAGCUGGUGACUGCUGUGGCUUGCGCCGACGUGCCAAAGUUCACUGUUGUCUUUGGUAGCUCUGCCGGAGCAGGAAACUAUGGCAUGUGCGGUCGUGCAUACUCACCACGCUUCCUCUGGGCCUGGCCAACAGCAAAGACCAGCGUAAUGGGAGCCGAACAACUAUCCUCAGUCAUGGAAGCCGUAGGCAAGAAAGUCGACCCAAACCUCCGCGAUCGCAUUGAACGUGAAAGCGAAUCGACAUUCGCAACUGCCAGGCUAUGGGACGACGGCAUCAUCCCUCCCUCGCAUACAAGAAGGGUAUUGGCGAUGGGUCUGCAAGCUGCCCUCUCGGGAAGCGUAGAAGACAAGAAGACCGAGUGGGGCGUGUUUAGGAUGUAG